AUGGGUGUAUUUAUGGGUGUGUCGCCAUAUGUUCGACUAUCGCUUCUUCCAGAGCUGUGUCUACUGGGACUGUAACGUGCGGCCUUUCAAGUGGAGACGAGCUGGGCUUGCAUGAUUGACAUGAUUGACAUGAUUGACAUGAUUGACAUGAUUGACAUGAUUGACAUGAUUGACAUGAUUGACAUGAUUGACAUGAUUGACAUGAUUGACAUGAUUGACAUGAUUGACAUGAUUGACAUGAUUGACAUGAUUGACAUGAUUGACAUGAUUGACAUGAUUGACAUGAUUGACAUGCCUUCUCGUACAUAG